CUCAAAGCUGGAUUGGCUGAACGAGGGUGUGGUUAACCCGGGAGACUACGCAGUACACGGAGGGUCGAGUAGAAAUUGAGUCCGGGGCUGCAAGCAGACCCGAGCUGGUCAGCUGAACUGGAGACCAGUUUGCUAGCGUAGUUUAGCUUAGCUUAGCAUUGGAGAGGCAUUUUGACACACGGUUUUGUUUUUUUUUGCGGCUUGUCAGUUCCACCAAAAAAUACAUAUCGAAGUUACAAAUAAAAUGUAUAUAUAUAUAUGUAAAAAUAAAUCGUUGUUUUUGAGGUAGUUCAGUACUAGUAGCGACCCUUCUGUCGCUUUCUCUGGUUCUGUAUUAUUACCAGGCUGUCGGCGUUUGACAGGCUCUAUAUACUGUGUGACAGCAACAGUAACGUGUCAUUUGCGAUUGGUUUAUCCGCAGAAAUAUAUUGGCAUACCUCCAACGUUAAAAACGUACUUUUAAAGUAACAAAAAACAAAAAAAAUCUAUGUGCAUUCACUGUAUUUACUGUUUACUGUUUACUGUUACUAUUUACUGUUUUAGUUCAUAAACUGUUGCACAAGAAGACGAUUAACACCCGACAGAAUCGUUUUGAAAAUCGCGACCAAAAAAAAUAAAUACAAGACACAGGAAGCAGAACUCAAGACGAGGACGAGGGAUUGCGUUUGAGGAUCAACUCCAUAUAUACUUCAAGAGAAGGUCAUGCUUGUAAUCCAGCCAUGGAAGCAAUGGCAGUGAGUACCUCGGUUAGCCCAGCGGACGAGUUUGACCGCAAUGUGCCGCGGAUCUGCGGGGUGUGUGGAGACAAGGCCACUGGCUUUCACUUCAAUGCCAUGACCUGCGAGGGCUGCAAGGGCUUCUUCAGGCGCAGUAUGAAGCGGAAGGCCAUGUUCACCUGCCCCUUCAGCGGCAGCUGCACCAUCACCAAGGACAACCGCCGGCACUGCCAGGCGUGCCGUCUGAAGCGCUGCGUGGAGAUCGGAAUGAUGAAGGAGUUUAUCCUGACGGACGCGGAGGUCCAGCGGAAGAAGGACCUGAUCCUGAAGCGCAAGGAAGAGGAGUCCCUGAGAGAGGCCCAGCGAGAGGCCCUGCAGCCCAGGCUGACUGAGGAGCAGUCCAGGGUCAUCGCCCUGCUGCUGGAGGCGCACCACAAGACCUACGACGACUCGUACUCCGACUUCCAGCAGUUCAGGCCCCCAGUGCGCCAGGGCCCCAUCACACGCAGUGUGACCCGCGCCUCUUCAGUGUACUCUGUCCAGAACCUGUCCUCUGAGGACUCCUCCGACUCCUUCAACCCACCCUCAGACCCCAUGGACUCGAAGCUGUUGAAUUUCAGCAGCCUCCUGAUGAGUCAGUCCAGCAGCGGCUCGGACUCCAGCCUGAACUCUCAGAGCGCCUCCAUGCUGCCGCACCUUGCAGACCUGGUCAGCUACAGCAUCCAGAAGGUCAUCGGCUUCGCGAAGAUGGUUCCCGGCUUCAAAGAGCUGACAGCUGACGACCAGAUUGCCCUGCUCAAGUCGAGUGCCAUAGAGAUCAUCAUGCUGCGCUCGAACCAGUCCUUCAACCUGGACGACAUGUCCUGGACCUGUGGGAGCCAGGACUUCAAGUACCAGGUCAAAGACGUCGAGCAGGCUGGUCAUACUGUGGAACUCCUGGAGCCGCUGGUCAAGUUCCAGGUGGGACUGAAGAAGCUCUGUAUGCAUGAAGAGGAGCAUGUGCUGCUAAUGGCAAUCUGCCUGCUGUCCCCUGACCGGCCCGGGGUGCAGGAGAGGGCUCGGAUCGAGGCUUUCCAGGACCGGAUCUCGGACGUCCUGCAGGCUUACAUCCGCGUGCGUCACCCCGGCGGCCGCCUCCUCUACGCCAAGAUGAUCCAGAAGCUGGCGGACCUGCGCAGCCUGAACGAGGAGCAUUCCAAGCAGUACCGCAGCAUCUCCUUCCAGCCCGAGCACAGCAUGCAGCUCACCCCCCUGGUGCUGGAGGUGUUCGGCAAUGAGGUGUCCUAGAGCCCCAGGGCCUGGGGGGGAGGGCCGGGGGCGGUGGGGGGGUCCCUGUGUCUGCUGCAAUCAGCACCGGUAUUUCUAAUCCACGUUUUAAGAACCUGCUGUCGUUUUGGGGGAGACCUAGGAAGGGCUUGAGUUUAGGGACACUUGACUGAUUUGAUGUCCGUUCCGUUACACCCUCCCUCCCUCCCUCCUUCAGUCUAAUGCUGCCUGUACUAUCACUACCCCCCUCCACGGAACCCCUUGCUUGUGUUUCAGUUGCAGAUCUUGUUCAGUAUUGUCAAGUUGUCCUCAUAAGGAGGGCAGAGGCUGCAUGGUCCUGUGCUAUGUGCACAUUGUACUGUACUGCAGAGGGGGGGUGCUGUACUGGGUUAGUCUCUUUCAGAAUGUACUCUCACCGCACUGGGGCCUUUUGGUCACUCGUUUAGCACACAGAAAGGGGUGACAAGUUUUUAUUUUUUUUUAAAGCAUGAAGAUUUAGUACCCUUUGCAGACCGCAUUGGAGUAUGAAAUUUAGUGUUGCUCGUUUGAACACUAAAGGCCUGUGAUGAGUAAAACAAAGUGCCACUACAGUAAAGUGCCAAAUCUCUGAUCACCGUGGACAAUUAUUUAACUAUAGCAGAGCUGUAACUUAAAAAGCCUCUUAAAGUGACACGGUGGUUGGUUUUGAAGUUUUUGCAGGAAUCGCAAUGGAAGAGCAGCUUGUGCUUGAGCUUAUCUUGGGUUCAGUUGGAAACCUUGCAAGCCUGGUCCGUCCCUCCCUCCUUCCGGCACUCCGUCUGAGUAACUAAAUUACAACAAACUCCCCCCGAAACAUCCCGCCUCGCCCCCUCUCCCUCUCUCGACCUCCCCGUUCAGUUUGAUCUACCGUGGACCACUUGCAGGCUAAGAAAUUCAAGCUGCAUCAGAAUGUGCCAUUACAGCAUAGAAACCAAAACUUCUCUCGAAUGUGGUUUGUAGUCCACAGUCUCACUCUCACAGGUGUUUUUAAGAAUGUUUGUUCCACGCUAAUUUUACUAUCAAGGUAAAAACUCUGAGACGGUGUAAAGUUUGUCUGUUUGACUUGGUUUCUUGUAGUUUUCUCCUUUUAAAGUAUUCUGAUCUGCGUUUUUAAAAUGUUAUGGAUAAUUAAAUGUAAUUUAAUUUGAAUCUGGGUUCAGAUUUCAGGGUUUCUUGUGUAGGCGACCCUUCUUUACACAGGCGUGUGAACACGCUCAGGGUCUCUGUGUGUACCAUAUAAAUUAGCUGGGAACAAAUCUUCAAUGGGCAGAAUGAUUCAUUUUACGUACAGAGAAUUGUGAAAAAUGGCAUAUAUAUAUUCUAGACAUAUUAACUAUUUCUAUUAUGUUAAAGAUUUUAAAAAAAAUGUAAUCAUAUAUAUGUAUAAAUAUAUCCCUCCUUCUGUUUUUUUAAAGUUUGUAUAUUGUGAUCUGUGAAGUGUCUCUCAGUAGCUGAAAUCUGCACUCAUAUCCUUGCUGAAUAGAAAAGGUCUGACUGCUCAAAUCUGAGGGUUUAAACUACCAGCUGCUGGACUCUGGUGACCUGGUCAAACAUUCAGAAACUCUAGUCCUGCUUUUUUCAGAAUUGUUUUUUAUUGUAAAGUUAUUUUUUUAAGCGAGCGGAUAAAGGUGACAGGAGUUGCAGCUAUCGUUGCCCAGCUAGAUCUGAAGUGACUCUCCUCCUCAUCGCUAGCUUUACUAUGAGAAGAGGUGUUCAGUAUCUACCACAGUGGUUCAUUCAACGCCCCCUCGGGGUUAACCAAAGUAUUUCUGGUUUGAUUGGAACAAACCCCUGAACUGGAACACACCACUGCUCUGCCACGUCCUGGGGAGAGCCCCGCGGGUAUUGUAGGGGUCUACGGUGUUUUUUGUUCACUCGCUUUAGUCCUGCUUGUUUUUAUUCUGCAGCUCUCCACACAAGCAUGUGUACAGGACAAGCCAAAAAAAAAGAGGAAAAAAAAAAGAUUAUGUAGGUCCUUUCUUAAAAUAAAAUGCGCUUCUCUGUCUGGUCCAUAGCAUAAAUCCAGGACCCCAUCUCCAUUACCAGUAUCCUGUCGAUGGUUUGAUUCAGGUGUGGCUGUGCUGCCACUGCAGUGCCUGGGUUAGGGAUAUAUAUAUAUUUUUGGGUGGGGUAAUGGUGCCAUCUUGUGGUAUUUAGCUGUAAAUACAUAUAUUGAUAUAUUUUUUAAAAAUCCUACCUCACACAGUCAGAGUAAUAUGAAUAAGUUCCCACGGUAAAGAAUAGGAAAGUGUUUCUUCAGAUGACACUUUGCAGUAAUGCUUCUUUUUCUUAUGCAAUGCGCAUAUAUAUAUGCGCAUAUACCGCUCUUCAAUACGGACCAGCAGCGAGGCUUUCAAAUGAAUGGAGAUUUCGAAAAGAAUCCGAUACAGAGGCAUACGAUUUGGAUUGGCGUGUCUGUUCAUGUAUAGAUUUUUCUUGGCAGUGCGCUUUAUAUGCCGGAGGAUUAGAAAUGAUAUCACGAGGAUGCUGCAUUGUGUUUUAAACAUACAAACACAAAAUGUAACCGUCAUCACCAAAGUAGUACAUUUAAUAAUAUAAAAAUAAUAAUAAAGAAGGAAAAAAAUAAUAGGGGUACCUUUUAUUGGUUUGGCAGGGAAUUAACACUAGACUUGUUUGUCUGUCUGUCUGUCUGUUUAUCAGUCUGUCUCAACACUCUAACAGUUCCAUGCUGGCUUGAUGCAUGAUAAGGGUUAAUAAUAUUGUUGUUUAUUAUUAUCCUUGUGUUUCAUUUUAUUAUUACGUUUUUUCCUUCUUAAAAUUAUUUUGUGUUUUUUUGAUUUCUGUACAUUGGAUGCAAAUGCAAACCGUAAAUAAAUGCAUAUACUGUUUCUGGAAAA